GGCGGUGGUGCUGCUGCUGCUCUCUGUGUGUUCACUCUCAUCUCUCGCUGCUCGCGGAGAGAGAGCGAGCGCGCGCGCGCGAGCGAGAGAGAGGGUGAGUUUUGCUCUCGCACCGCGCCCUUAAGGAUGCAUCUCGCGUCGACGAGAUUCACGCGGAUAUUCCUCGUCUCGGCCAUCUUCUGCGUCGGCUUCUGCUCCGAGGAUGAGGAGAGGCUGGUACGCGACUUGUUCCGCGGCUACAACAAACUCAUCAGGCCAGUCCAGAACAUGAGCGACACGGUCAACGUGAAAUUCGGCCUGGCCUUUGUGCAGCUGAUCAACGUCAACGAGAAGAACCAGAUCAUGAAGUCCAACGUCUGGCUGCGUUUCAUCUGGACGGAUUAUCAGCUGCAGUGGGACGAGGCGGACUACGGCGGCAUCUCCGUACUGCGGCUACCGCCCGACAAAGUUUGGAAGCCCGACAUCGUGCUCUUCAAUAACGCCGACGGCAACUACGAGGUGCGCUACAAGAGUAACGUGCUGAUCUAUCCGAACGGAGAGGUGCUGUGGGUGCCGCCGGCGAUCUAUCAGAGCAGCUGUACCAUCGACGUCACCUACUUCCCGUUCGACCAGCAGACGUGUAUCAUGAAGUUCGGCUCGUGGACGUUCAACGGCGACCAGGUCUCGCUGGCGCUCUACAACGAUAAGAACUUCGUUGACCUGUCGGAUUACUGGAAGAGCGGCACCUGGGACAUCAUCAACGUGCCGGCUUUUCUCAACGUUUAUGAAGAGUUCCCGACCGAGACGGACAUCACCUUCUACAUCAUCAUCAGGCGCAAGACUCUAUUCUACACUGUCAACUUGAUUCUACCAACUGUACUCAUCUCGUUCCUCUGCGUUCUCGUCUUCUACCUGCCAGCCGAGGCCGGCGAGAAAGUCACUCUUGGAAUCAGUAUUCUGCUGUCACUGGUUGUGUUCCUGCUGCUUGUAAGUAAAAUAUUGCCGCCUACGUCUCUGGUGCUGCCGCUCAUCGCCAAGUAUCUCCUUUUCACUUUCAUCAUGAACACUGUCAGUAUUUUGGUGACGGUCGUCAUCAUCAAUUGGAACUUCCGAGGACCCCGCACUCACCGGAUGCCACAAAUGACCCGAAGAAUCUUCUUGAAAAUCCUGCCAGCGCUGCUUCUGAUGCGCCGGCCGAAGAAAACACGACUGCGCUGGAUGAUGGAGAUCCCGAACGCGACUCUGCCAACGUCAACCUAUUCCGGCAGUCCAACCGAGCUGCCCAAACACUUGCCAGCCGCGUUAGCCAAAUCUAAAAUGGAAAUAAUGGAACUGUCGGAUUUACAUCAUCCCAACUGCAAAAUCAAUCGUAAGAUUCAGCAUUCGGGUGCUGCGUCGGCCGCUGGUCCGGGCUCCGAGGCGUUGGCCGACAGGCGCGGCUCCGAAAGCUCGGAUUCCGUACUACUUAGUCCCGAAGCUGCUAAGGCUACCGAGGCUGUUGAAUUCAUCGCUGAGCAUCUACGAAAUGAGGAUCUUUACAUUCAGACGCGAGAGGAUUGGAAAUACGUAGCGAUGGUGAUAGAUCGAUUACAGCUCUACAUCUUCUUCAUCGUGACGACAGCAGGGACAAUCGGCAUCCUCAUGGAUGCGCCACACAUUUUCGAGUACGUCGAUCAAGAUCGUAUCAUCGAGAUCUACCGAGGCAAGUGAACGGGCAAAAUAAAGCGAGAAAAGCAAACCAAAGAGAAAAACAAACGACAUUUACGUAACAAUUAAACAAAAGCACACUCGCACUAUCAAAGAACGUUUUUGAACAAUCGACGCCAAAUGACAAAAAAAAUAAGCUUCCGUGCACGCGCGAGCAAAGCUACAAAUGAGUUGAGCAAAAGACCAAUGAAACAUACAUACUUGAAAGCGAACAUUGUUGACGAAAUAUAAGGUUGAAUCUCAAGUGGUGAACAGCAGCUUCGCUCGCGUCGUCGUCGGUGCGGUACUUAAAAACGGACCGACGACAAGAAUAAACAAUAUAAGGAAAUAACAACUAGACGAAACAAUCGCUUCUGUAAUUAUAUAUACGAUUAUGUUGUCUACGGCUGCAACGGAUAGCAUUAUUAAUGUGCUAUAUAUAUCGUAAUAACCAGUGCAGAGAAGAGCCACGAGAGAAUCUUUCUCUCUUUUCUACAGAGCGUUUAUUGUUUUUGACGAAAAAAGAUAAAGAAAUAAGAAAAAUAAAAAUAAUGUUUAAAUGAACAAAAAGGUAAAACAAAAAAAAAUAAUAUAAUACGUGCAAAGAGUAUGAAGUUUUCAGAGAUUACUUUAUAGCGUUUUUUACUUGUGUGUGGGAGGAAUACGGGAAUUUUAUUGUGAACUAUUUAUUAUUGCGUAUGUAUACCGAGAGAUAUGAAUAUAAAUAUAUCUAUGAGUGUUUUUUAUUAAUUGCAUAUCCCGAGGAGUAUUUUAUCGACGCAUAUUAUAUACACCCAUACAUAACUUACACACUCACGUAUACAGCUUAGAUUAGUAAAUUAUUGAUAAAAGUGGAUGUAUAGUUGAGUCCGUAAAGUACUUUUCGAGCUUCUCAUAUAGACCAUGAGUUUUACGAGAUAUAAAUACAAAGAAGUGUGUUGAUUUUUAUUUGAUAGUUGAAUUUUAAACGUAUGCAAAUACAUAGCCGAAAUAUAUAUAUUACAAAAAUAAAUAAUUAAAAGGAGAAAAAAAGAAUAUAUGUCGUUCGAGUGCUUAAUAUGUACGUCGAACGUAACUGUGACGAGAGUUAGAGAGAGAGUGAGAGAAAGAAAAAGUAAAUGUUCGUUAUUUCGUAGACGAAAUCAAAGAGUUUGAUAAGGACGAUAGGGCGUUGCAAUUGAAAUACUCGGAAUAAUAUCAUGCAGAGACGGAACCGGAAAGAGAUUGAUUUGUUAAAUCACAAGUCCGAACAACGAAAGUGUUCAUGCACAACAAUGUUUUCUUUUUGCGUUGUAUCUUACAUAUACAAACGACGGAUUAUCUUCGUUAUAUACGCGCAUAUAACAUGUAUAUGUAACGUCCCGCCGUGUCUUGCAUAUAUAUAUUUCCUCAGACGAAUCGCUCGUACCCGCCCCCGCGCGAUGCAUGACAAGAGAGAAAGAGAGAAUUUCGAAUUUCAUGAGACGUCACGUGUCUUCCCUUAUAUAAAAGAAAAAAAAAGAUAAAUGAAAGCGCUGUAUGGAAAAAUACAAUAACUAGUUUAGUACCGCAAAUUUGUUAUCGUAAAAGUAAACAAAAAAUUAAUUAAUGUGGUCUUACAAAAUACUUUCACGCUCGUAGGCCUGACCGUGUGUAUUUUUUACAGGCAGAAUGAUAUAAACGAAAACGCUAACUUUCAUAUGCUUUUUCUUACAAAAAUGAAAGGAAUUUCAAAUUUUAUUUUUUCGUACGUGUAUUCUGUUUUACCGAAUGUGUGAUCACUACAAAACCAAUCUUAACAAUCGACCAAGAAUCUUUUAAAGUGUUCAGUAAAACGAUUUGUAAUGAUAUUUAAAAACAUAAUAAGGUAAGCCAAUUGUACUUUUCAAUGAAUUAAACAAUCCGUAGGUUAAACGUACUUACAUGUACGUGCGUACAUGAAUAAAGACGUUGCCAAGGUGAAUGCAGCUUAUAAACGAGUCAGCAAUUAAAAUGGGAAAAAAGAAAGACUCAUAAAAAAAUUUAAUGUGAGGGCACUGCUGAAAUUACUUUGUAAGACAACGAUAAGAAGCAAUGUGAAUAAUCACGAGACAUCAGUGAACAAAUAGAAUAAAUUGAAAAUAAAAUAAAUAUAUAUGUUGUAAGUAUUUAAAAAAUACUAAAACAGGAAAAAAUGCUUUUUCAUUGUCCGAUAUACGAAAAAAGAUGAGUGUCUGAGAUAUAACGUUGAGAGUAUCAACAAAAUAAAAAAAAACAUUUACAACAGUGAUUAAUGUAAAAGUUAAUUGUAACUUGAUUAAUUAGGGCAUUAAUCACCACUAUGCAACAACUUUUAUUAUAAUAAACUCUGUAAGUUUUUGAAAAAUGUCCAUAUUAUGCCAGAGGAUAGCGAGUUUCAAAGAGAAAAAAACGAAAACCAAUAUAUCUAUCGCUAAUUUAAGUUUGAACGCUGCGUACUAAUCAAAGAAUCGUAUAUAUUUUAUUAUCAAAGAUAGAGAGGUGCAACCACGAAUCGUCGAAUAAUUUCCAAACUGAUGCGUUUUCAAAACUUAGCGAUAUGUCCCUUGAAAAUAAAAUGUAAACAAGCAGCGAAAUUCUUUAAAUAAACAUUUCUAUAAGCCGCAGAGAGUCAAAGGAUUUCUAUACGCCACGUUUCUAUUUCUAUUAUCGUAUGUGUGAGCGAGGCUGAUAGACGCAUUGAAAACGUAACACAUAACGACUGUAGCGCAACAAAAAUAAAAAAAAGUCAAGCGAUUAACGUGUAAUUGUUAAUAAACUUUAAUAUUGAAUAUUUGGUAAACGAUCAUUGUCAACCGUCGUUCAGUCAUCAAUCAUUGACGAUGUUUACUGAUACCACCAUACAUCAUUAGUAUAUUAAUAAACAAUAUAAAUUAGUUAAUUAUAAUUAUUCAUGUUGUUAUUUUUGUAGCUGGUAGUGUAUUUAAAAAAGAAACAAUUGCUCUUCCCUCUCUAGCAAUCUUUCAUUAUUUUAUCAUUAUCAUUAUUGCAAGAAGCACAUUUCAAAAUUACUGUUUAUUUUCAUAAAAACAACUGCAAUACUCACUUGUCUUGUUUUUUCUUUUUCAAGCUAAGAAACUGACUUGAAAAUUGUAAAGUGUAAGUACAGUUACUAUUUACAGAUGGUUCUUUUUAUUGUUUCAGUUGAAAAUUUAGAACUUUGAAUAUUUUUAUAUGGUUUUGAAUGUAUUCUUAAAUUUACUAUUUACAAAUGAUCUUGAUGACACAUUCUCUAAGAAAUAAAACAUUUAAU